AUUGCAGACGGCGCCAGAAAACAAACAAUUCCGCUACUCGUAGACUAGAUCUAGAUUUAGAAUUAGUCUAAAGUCUAGAUAAUCAUAAUCUCUAGAUCUACACUGGAUUCUGCCUAGUCUAAGUCUACUGUAUAUAGUCUAGAAUCUAGUCUAUCUUCUAUAAUCUAGAGAUUCAACAGAUUUAAUUAGAAAAAAUUCUGUCUAGACUCUAGAUCUAUCUAUAUUAUAUCUUCGGGGCGCUAGGCUAGUGACUAGUGUUAGUAGUAUCUAGUAGUACUUUAGUAGUGUUACAGUUACACUGAGUGUAGAAUUAGUACUAGACUACUGAUGUAGAUUAGAUCUAAAUACUAGACUAGUCUAGACUAUAAUUAUAAUAAUAAUAGUAUUUUUUACUGUUACUAAUCAGUGAGUUAUGCGUAAAUCAGUCUAAUUAUCUAGUCUAGGCCUAGGUCACUAGGUCUAGACAGUCACUUAAAGGGAAACUCCGAUAGUUUUUCAAAUUUUAGUUAUUGACAUAUUUAAAUUCUGCGUAAAAAGUUGUAAUAGUAAACAUUAUAUCAUUUUUUAUUUAAAUGCUCGGAAAAUUUUAUAUUUAAUAAAUUAGACAGAAAAUUCUCCACGCCCCCAAAAAAACGGGAUUCUGCGAGAUGUUUUUAGUUUUUAAAAACGUGACGUCACGAAGGUGCUGGCUAAAUAUAGAUCUAGACCUAUAUAACCGAUAAACUCUCUAGUCUAGAUCUAGACCUAUCGGAUCGCAUUUAUUGUUACGCUUCACAGCUAGAUCUAGUCUCCACGUUGAUUUAUAAUCGGUCAUUGUUUAUAAACCUCUAUUUCUACUUGAAGAAAAUUAAAUAUUGUUCUUCAGCUUGUUGCAGUAGUUCCAAUCACAAAGAUAAAAUCAGCAAGUAUGCUGAUACAGAAAUUAGUUAAUUAGUGUCUCUUUUCAUUUGUUUCCAAGAGAUGAAGUUUUAAAGGGAAAAUGGGGAAAAUUUAUUCGCCUGAAGAGCAAAUAUUUUACAAAGGCAUUAGCUAAUUCCUGUUUAUGCUCAAACCAUUUUGAGAGAAGCUGUUUCAGCAACUUCACUGCUGUGGAAAUGGGAUUUAAAAAAAAAAUUGAAGUUAAUACCAGGUGCAGUACCAACAAUACAUUGGAUUUCCAGGCCAAAGAAUUCAAUUAAUGAUACUACUGAGACAUUUUAAACAACUGAAGUUCAUAAAUAUAAAUGAAAUCAGAUUUGUGAGCUAGAAAUUUACUACGAAUACUAGAUCUACUAUUAAAUUUCUUAUUUAAUAAGUAGAUCUAUCGUCUACGAAACUCAAUUCCAACUUUUUAACUUUUGACCUUGGGGGUGUGUCUCGCCGGCUGAGCCAGCGUCAAGCUCUCUCAUCACUUUUUCCAUGUCAACCAAUGUUAGGUCGAAACAGCACAAAAAAAUCAUAAUUUUCUUACGGUCAAACAUACAGUCAUAAUUAAUACACCAUUAGAAAUUUCUUUUAAAGUAUUUUAAUGAUGUAAUAACGAAAAAUUUUUUUUAUCAAAGAUAAUUUCUUUUUCGCCUCCCUAUCAAUGAGUAUCAAUAGGAUUUGAGUGCACCGUCGUGACGUCACACAGAAAUUCAGUGAAAAUCUGACUGUUUUGGAUGCGCAGAAAAAUUAUGUCACAAAAACAUCAAUUACUAAGUUAUUCUUGCAAAUAAAAAAAAAAGAAUAAUAUAUUCAUUAUCUAUAAAUCAAAACACAUAUUAUAUCAAAAAUUGUCAAAACCAUCGGAGUUACCCUUUAAGUCACAGUACUUGUCUAACUCUAAAGUCUUGAUUGUUGACACUCUUGAGUUACUUGAGAAAGUAAUGAAAUUGAGUCUUGACUCGCCUUGAGACUGAGUAAACUGUUACUUUUACAGUAUUGUAAUUGUUAUGUUACUUAUGAUUAUUGAAAUAGUCGACUACUAGAGAAUCACUCAGAAUCUAAUCUAGAUGAGUAGAUCUACACAAUCUUUAAUGAUAAUCUACACUCACUAGGUGACAAGAGUCUAGAUUCUAGAUCUACACACUUGACUGCACAGUGACACACAGUGUACUUACAGUAUAAUUAAAGUAUUAAAUCUACAUUCUACAUAUUGACAAUAUUGUCAUUCAACUCAUUGUGAUUAACACUAAACACAUAUUAACAGCAUAAAUAAUGUCAAUGAUUAUCAUCACAACAUGAACAUGAUGUCAAAGAGAAAAUGCUUAUUAAAUUUAUAAGUUAGAAGACUUCUAAGAUUGCAGCUUUGCUUUGCAGAUCUAGAUCUAACUUUCUAAGUCAUUUAAAGUGUUUGUAACUUGUUGAAUGAAGGUUCGGAAUGUAAAAGUAACUUAGUUUAACUUACAAAAAAACUUAAAGCAGAAUCUUCUUCUUCAACUAAUGGACAAUAAAAAUAGGUCAAAUUAAGUCAAAUAAAGAAUGGGUCAGAAAAGCUGAUACUGAAGUGUGAUAAUGUUAAACAACACAUCUAGAUCUAGAAGUGGGCCUGCUUUUGUCACAAAAAGACAGAACAAAGAUGCAAUAAAUUUUUAUUUUAAACAAGAGAAAAUGACAUCACAUAAAAGAAGGUCAUUGACAAUGAAACAAGCUAGUGAUAAAAUACGUCUUAAGAACAAAGGAAAGAAAAAAUCUAAAGCAGGUGAUAAAAACAGUCAAAAUCUACCAUUGUUGAAUAAACUUAUUUAUAUUGAUAUAAAACAAGGCAAACAGUGUGAAUUAAUCGAGGAACAGUUGAAAAAACUUGGAGCUAAGGUUGAAAAGUUCUUAAGCUGUGAGGUCAAUUAUGUAAUAUCAUUAACUGGCCCCUUUAAAACAGAUAAAACUAAUGCUAAAGAAGAUAACCCACAAAGUCCAUCCUUUGGUAAUCUCACCAGUCCAUUUAAUUGUGGACCAUCACCAACUGGAAAUAAUGAGGCAAAGAGAGCUGUGGUAUCAAGAGGAAAAGCAUUAGCUCAGAUAGCGUGUGCUAAAAAUCAAGCUAGCUCUGUUGUGGCAAAUGCAGAAAAACUAGGCAUAAAAAUUAUAUCUCUUGAAGCUGCAAGUAAAUGGUUGGAAAAAGAACUUAAAAAGCUUGAUAGAGAAUUCAAAAAUGAAUCUAAAGAUGAGGAUGAAGCAAGUACUGUCAAUCCUCAAAUAAUUGGAAAUAAGAAAAAAAAGAAACAACUAAAGGGGCCAUUCAUAAAGUUUGAAGCCAUCAAUAAACUUUACAGACCAGUCAAAUCUGAACUUCCCUGUUGGCCAAAAAUAAAUUUGCUAGCACCUCCUGGAAUUUGCCCCUUUGGAGAAGCCAAGUUAAAGGUGCAGAAUCACUACAAGACACGCAAGUGCUUACCAGUACAAAAGUUACCAUGUCUUGAACCCUUUUUAACUGAGCAUAAAGGAGAAGAAAAAAGAGCACCUGUUAGAGUUUCUCCUGUUAGUGCUGUUGUUGGUGUUCCUAUUGUUACUACUGGAGAAGUAAGAGGGAAUCUUGCUGUUCACCUUAAAAAGUCUACACAGAUUAACAAACAGCAAGGCUAUUGUGAUUGUUGUGAAAUGAAAUACAACAACUUAAAUGAACACUUAUCUAGCUAUGAUCACAGAGCUUUUGCAAGAGACAAGUCCAACUAUGAAAGUUUAGAUGCACUGAUCAACAGUAGCCCAUCCACUGUUCAAUUUUUACAAUCUGUUUUAUUAAAACAUUGUGUUCAGAAGCAAGAUCUCCAUGAAAACAGUGAAAACUGUGCAGAAAUUUUUUUGCCAGUAAUAUCACCAAUUUCACCAUUGACAACGGAAAAAAAUCCAUCAUUGGAAACAGCUCCAACUAGUCUCAUUAAUCCACAAGAACUAAAAAAUGAAACUCAAACUUCAAAAAAUAAUAACCAAAUCGAUAUUACAGAAUCAUUAUCUUUGGCCAAAACUCCCAAGAAGGAUCCUCAAACUGAAAAUUGUCUUUCAGCUGUAGUAAUUCGACGCCCAGGGCCUAGUGGUAUGUUCACAUCACCUCGUAGACGCCAGCCAACACCAAAUAAAAAACCAUGGGUUCGAGAACGUUCCAUGAUAUUCAGGGAUUCUCCAAUGGCCAGUUUACAGCCAUCCAUCAAAAGCAGUCCAAAUUUUACACUUGCUGAGAGUGUAUGCUUAGGAAGUACCAAGUGUUUUUCAGCUCCAGUUGCAAAUAAAAAGCAGGAAUCUAAAAAAGCUGUUAACAGAUCUCUUAUUAGAGUGAUUGAUUUUACACAGGUGACAGACUUAGCUGGCAAUAAUAAGUAUGGAGUAAAUAUUGAGCCAACAAGUGAUCAGUUCAAAUCACUGAGCACCCCAGUGAUCAAAAACAAAUUAAUUGGUGAAAGUCCUUUAAAGAAAAAUACUAGAUCAUUAAAAAAAACAGUGCACAAAUCUAGUACAAAUGCUGAAUUAGAGCGUGAUCCCAACAUUGACAUUUGUAUUCAAGAUGAUAUCAUAAAGGAUUUUCAUUCUUUAAGUUUAUCUACUGAUGAAAAAGUCAUCACUGAGCAUGUAGACUUUGUCAAUAUUAGCAAAUCUUCUUCUGACAAUACAAAAACUUACCCCAACAUUCUAAUAAAUAAAAACAAAGAUAAAUGCUUCAAUGCCAUUGAGGAAAAUACUAAUGGUCUAGUGAAUCAUGAGCAAAAGAUGGUUUAUGAAGAAAUAAACAUUGGUAAUAGCAUGCCUGAAGAAACAUUGAAUGAAAAUAGAAAUAUAUCUGAGUUAGAUGUAGUUUUGCCAGAAAAUAAUGUCAUGCCUUGUGUUACAGAUGAAGGUAAACACAGAGUGGUAUUGACAUCUAUGUCUAACAUGUCAUCAUAUUCACAUUGCAGCAAAAACUUCAUAAAUGAACCUAAUCAACUAUCUAAUGAUGUGGAUAAAACUAUUGACAAACUAUCACUAAUUUAUCAGACAGCCCUAACAGAACAUCAUGAGCAGUCAGCUCAAGAAUACUGUUUUAAUCUUGAACUUCCAACAAAACAGAAUCAGGUUUGUGAUAAAGUCCUCAAUACAUGUCAUUUGUCAUCAAAAUUAUUUAACCUGUCUCCUACUAAAGAAAAUAAUGUUGGUAAAUUAAAUAAUGAGCUUGAUAUAAAAAUGGAAAAUGUGGACACAUUGAAUCAUGUUAAUAUUCUGUCACCUGAUGUAAAAAUUCUAAAUGAAUUCUUGAAAGGCUCUUCACAUGAUAGUGAGGUUUUAAUGGAUACAGUUUGUGACACAGAAGAAUUAGAUGGUGACAAAAAUGGAAAUAACCUUUCUCAAUUGUCACUAAAUAUGGAACAUGUUAAUCAAGAUGAAGACAAGAAUUAUAAUAGUAAUGAUCAUAAUGGUAGAGAUGUAAACAACUCUCUCACUUCAGCCCCCAACAUUGCAGAUCGAGUUAAAACACGACAGAGAAUAAAUCAGUCAUUAGAAAAAUAUACAGAAGAAGUUGAUGUUUCAACAGUCAAUUCCAUAGAUAAUGACAAGAAAGAAAAAGGAAAGAAGAAAAAAAAAAAAUCUAAACAAAACCUAAAUAAUAUUAAGGAAUACAAAUUUUCAAAUGCAUUGAUUAAUUCUGAAGAGUUAAUUAUACAAAAUCAACAUAAUGUUCCAAAUAUUGCUGACCUAGCACUACCUGCUGUUCCAAAUAUUGCAGAACGUGUGAAGAAAAGAAGAUCAUGUACUUUGUUCAACCAUGAAGGCCAGUAUGCUGAUAGUGACCAGAGUAAUAUAGGAAUUAUACUUUCACCUCAACAGCUACAGAUGCAUUCAAAUUUUUCUCAUUUUGCUAAUCAUAAGAUGACAAGCAGCUGCUCUGAGAAAAGUUACAGAAGGAAGCUCAAUUUUUCUGCAAAUAGAAGCACUGUUGAUUCAAAAGAAGAGAUCAGAAUGCCUAAGGAAAAUACCAAAGUAAAUGAAUUCUCCAAUGGUAGUCCUGCUGUUGUUAUUCGUCGACACAAUCCGUUUAAACAUAGAUUACAUACAAAUAAGGAUUGGUCUAAAAAUGAAGAAGUAGGUAGUCAAAGUUCUUUGGAUACUGAAAAAUCUUAUAAAAACUUCAAAGAAGGCUGUGAUAUUUCAUUGUUAACCCAAAAGUCUAAAGAUGUUUCUGUCAAAGGUUUAGACUUAGUAGCUCAUAGCCUGGACACACAUUUAAAAGAAGUUAAAAAAAAUAUGGUAAAUCAACACAUGGAAAUGGAAAGCUCAAAAAAAAAAGACAUUCAAAUUAACAGUACUGGUAGCCCUAGGAUAUUGUUGAAAAUAAAAAGACAUUCUAAAAAUACUUUUUCCUCUACACUAGAAGAAGUGGAUGUUUCCAGUAGUAUACAUUCAGAGUAUAAUCAAGCUGGGUGUUCACAUAAGUCUGAAACUCUAAAAGUUUUGCAGAAAACAACCAUUAAAGAUUCUGAUAAUGAUUCUGUUGAUCUUUUAAACUUCACCCCGUCACCCUCAAAGAAACAAAAAAGUAGGCCAAGACAUUGUCAGGAUUCAAUUAACAAAAGCAUGUUACAAGAAAAAUUAACAAAAGUUGGUAAGAGACGUAGACUUGAUUUUGAACAUCUUUCUAAUACAGUUACACCUCCAGAAAGAUCAAAAAGUCCUUUGUUUUCUUCCCCGGUUUUAUCUAAUAAAUUUAAGGAAUCUUUAGAGAAAAAGAGUGAAAAUCGCACUGGUUCACAUUCCCCAGUAUUCAAACAGAAACACUCAGGACCAAACAAUUCCAAUGCCAUUAACUGGGCUGUUGACUUGCGUGUUGUACUGGAGGAUAUAAAUAGAUUCAAAGAUCCAGAAAAUCAAUUGGAUGCAGAUUCUCAAAUGGAAGAUUUUUCUUCGGAUGCUACUUAUAUAUAUGAUUCAGAUGUAUUUUGGCUGGAUAAAAAAAAACAGGUGCAGAGUGAGUUGAGAAAUUCACAGGUGACUUCACAGGAAGAUGAUGUAACAACUUCAAAUGAGUACAAAGAUUUGUUGACAUUUGUUCCAAAGCAUGUUUCCCAGGAGAAGUCUGAAGAUUCCUCUUGGGGUGAUAUCUGUGAAUCUUAUAUUCAAAACACAUUUGGCAAGACAGAACACUGUAAAGUAGGUAGAACUGACAAAGAGGCUAUUGUUUUAUUAUCUCCUGUUAAGUAUAACUCCAGCUUUAAUAAACACAAAUCCACAAAUAGCCACUCUGUGCUUAAAUUUAAAGGAGAAAAAAGGAAAUUGUAUGACAUGGCUUUCAGCGAGGAAUCAUGUACCAAAAAAAUAAAAACUAGCUGAUAUAAUUUAAAUCAAUACAUUUUAUUAUUUAUUUAAAUAAAACAAUUAAAUGAGAAAUGGUGGUAUUUGCAAAACACAAAUACUUUUUAAACUUUAUAUUUAUUAAUUCUCUAUAUGUAAAUUUAAAUGUAUUUUUUUGUUUGUUUGUUAUAAAUGUAAUUGUUACAAUUGUUUAUUAUUUUGGUUGUACUUUACAUCUAUUAUGUCCUAAAUCUUAUUGUCCAACUAUUUCACAAAUAUUUUUUUUAUGGUGAUACAGUUACAGUAUUCUUAUGAAAUUGUUCUGUUUGCAACUGUAACUAAUGAAGUCAUGGACUGAAUGUUUAUUGUAACAUAAAGUUUACCCUAAAACUUCUAAGGUAAAAAUGUGUGAAUGUAUGUGUUGGUUAUGAUUCUCUUUACUUGCAACAUUUUUGCUGGAAUAAUUUAUUUACCAUAUAAUCUAAAUACAAUUUAAAUGAAACUAAUAAAAAAGAAUGUAAAAACUUGAAA